CUUCCCUGCCUCCUCCGUCCCUCCCGCAGCCGCACCGAGCCACACAAAGCGGCGGGGCCGGGCUGGGCAGGGCCGGGCAGGGCCGCCACCAUGACGGAGACCACCAAGACCCACGUUAUCCUGCUGGCCUGCGGCAGCUUCAACCCCAUCACCAAGGGCCACCUCCACAUGUUCGAGCGAGCCCGGGAUUACCUGCACAAGACCGGCCGCUUCAUUGUGAUCGGGGGCAUCGUCUCGCCCGUGCACGACUCCUACGGGAAGACGGGCCUGGUCUCCAGCCGGCACCGCCUGACCAUGUGCCAGCUGGCUGUCCAGUCCUCCGACUGGAUCAGGGUGGACCCUUGGGAGUGCUACCAGGACACCUGGCAGACCACCUGCAGUGUGCUGGAGCACCACCGUGACCUGAUGAAGAGAGUGACUGGCUGCAUCCUCUCCAACGUCAACACCCCCUCCAUCACCCCAGUGAUUGGCCAACCCCAGAAUGAGUCCUCGCAGACCAUCUACCAGAACAACAACAACAUCUCCAACAAGCCCACGGCGGCAAAGAUCCUGGGGAAGGUGGGAGAAAGCCUGAGCCGGAUUUGCUGCGUUCGCCCGCCCAUGGAGCGCUUCACCUUUGUGGACGAGAACGCCAACCUGGGGACGGUGAUGAGAUACGAGGAGAUUGAGCUUCGUAUCUUACUGCUCUGUGGCAGUGACCUGCUGGAGUCCUUCUGCAUCCCUGGUCUUUGGAAUGAGGCUGACAUGGAGGUGAUUGUUGGGGAGUUUGGGAUUGUGGUGGUGCCCCGGGAUGGAGCAGAUCCCGACCGGAUCAUGAACCACUCCUCCAUACUCCGCAAGUACAAGAACAACAUCCUGGUGGUGAAGGACGACUCGAACCACCCCAUGUCGGUUGUCAGCUCCACCAAAAGCAGACUGGCCCUGCAGCACGGGGAUGGACACGUCGUGGAUUACCUCUGCCAGCCCGUCAUUGACUACAUCCUCAAGAGCCAGCUCUACAUCAACACCUCUGGCUAAGUGCCAGGGGCCUUGCAGCGAGACAGCCCUCCUGUCCUGCCUGCCUGCAGCUCUCCAUCACUCUUUUCUCUCUCAGUCUGUGUCUCCAUCUCUCUCCCCACCCCCCGUGUCUCCUGCCUGUGUCUGCCUCUCCCUCCCAGCCCAGCACCAACGCUCCAGCACGCAGCCGUGCCUGGGGAGCCGUGGCCUGGCCCCGAGGGGAACAGCUUGGUCUCUCUUUGUGGAGAACUGCCCUUCCCCUCUUAGCUGGGGAGGGAGGGGGGGGGACCAGUGAAAGGGCAACGUGCUUAGUGGGCUCGAGGGAGACAACUCCAGAAGCCCCUCUCCCAGCAUGUCACAGGGAAAUGGUCCCUCUGGUCCAUCCUCCCAGCAUGCUCAGAGCAGGGGCUUCCUCUUCUGCAUCAUCUUAAGCUAAAUAAAUCUAGAGGGACUUUGGUUUUUUGUUUUUUUUUUCCUAAUAGUUUUAGCCCGAGCCCUUUGGAGCUCUCAACACAGUGCCCUGACAUCCUGGCUGGCAGCAGGCAGUUGUAACCCAGCUGCCUUGGUGCACCACAGCGUGUGGACCUCCUCAGGCCAGCAGGAGGACAGCCCAGGGAGCCAAAUCCUCCUGCUGGCCCUGAAAAAUCAAGGAGAGGGCAUUUCUGAAGGGAAGCAAGGCCUUGGCAAGCAUCUCUGCCAGUGCAUUACAG